AUGGCAAACGUGGCGAAGCUUGAUUUUGCUGCCCUGAGCAUUACUGGGAAGAAUAACCUUACAUGGGUACUAGAAGCAGCGAAUCUUGGAGAUACCAUUAGGGAAGAAAACAUCUCAUCCUCUCAAGAUCGAGCGAAGGCCAUGAUUUUUAUUCGUUGCCAUCUUGAUGAGGGACUAAAGAGCGAGUACUUAACAAUUGAAGAUUCGUUAGCCCUCUGGAAGGCCUUGAGAAACAGAUACAAUCACCAGACAACGAUGAAGCUUUGUGGGGAUACUAUUACUGAGGAAGAUUUGCUGGAAAAGACGUUUAACACAUUUCAUGCCUCUAAUGUGCUCAUGCAGCAGCAGUAUAGAGCGCGAGGCUUCAUUGAAUACAACCAGUUGAUAUAUGUGCUCUUGGGAAUACCAUAUCCUCCCGUGGCAAUAAUUACAAACGAGGACGUGGCCACAAGCGAGGCCGGUGUAAUGGGAAAGGCAAGAACCAUGGUGUCCAGUUUCACAACCAGGUUCCAAGCAAAUGCAAUUAGUAAUAUUAUCCGCGAGAGUAUUGAGCAAUAUAAUAGAGAAGUAAAGAUUUUAAAUACCGGUAUUGUACUUCAAGUAGGUGAUGGCAUUGCUCGUAUUUAUGGUCUUGAUGAAGUAAUGGUAGGUCAAUUAAUAGAAUUUGAAGAGGGUACCAUAGGCAUUGCUCUGAAUUUGGAAUCAAAUAAUGUUGGUGUUGUAUUAAUGGGUGAUAGUUUGAUGAUACAAGAGGGGAGUUCUGUAAAAGCAACAGGAAUAAUUGCUUAGAGACCAGUAAGUGAGGCUUUUUUAGGUCAUGUUAUCAAUGCACUGGCUAAACCUAUUGAUGGUCGGGGUGAAAUUUCAUCUUUUGAAUCUCAGUUAAUUGUGUAUCCCGCUCCUAGUAUUAUUUUAGGACAUUCCGUAUAUGAGCCUUUUCAAACAAGACUUAUUGUUAUUGAUUCAAUGAUUCCUAUAGGGCGUGGUCAGCGAGAAUUAAUUAUUAUGGACAAACAGACCUAUAAAACAGUAGUCACCACAGAUACUAUUCUCAAUCACCAAAGGAAAAAUGUAAUAUGCGUUUAUGUAGUUAUUGGUCUAAAAGCAUCUUCUGUGGCUCAGGUGGUGACUGCUUUACAGGAAAUGGGAACAAUGGAAUACACUAUUGUGGUAACUGAAACUACGAACUCCCCUGCUACAUUACAAUACCUUGCUCCUUAUAUAGAAGCAGCUCUGGCUGAGUUUAUAUAUUGUGAACAACACACUUCGAUCAUUCAAAACAAUCUCUCCAAACAAGCGCAGCUGUAUCGACAAAUGUCUCUUCUAUUACGAAUACCACUGGGCCGCGAAGCUUAUCUAGGAGAUGUUUUUUAUUUACCUUCAUGCGUUUUGGAAAGAGCCACUAAAUCAAGUUCUCGUUUAGGUAAAGGAAGUAUAACUGUUGUACCAAUAGUUGAGACCCAAUUAGGAAAUGUUUCAGCUUAUAUUCCUACUAAUGUAAUUUCCAUUACAGAUGGACAAAUAUUCUUAUAUAUAUUAUAUUUAGGAUAA